AUUCUACUUGUAUAUAUUCAUUCCUUCAACUCUCUCUAUUUAAAGUGUCAUUUGCAAAACAAAUUGUGUUACAAAAGGAUUUGAGUUUUGCAAGAAAUUAGCUCUCUCUUCCUUCCUUUGUCUUUGUCUUGUUCUCAAGACAAAUACCCCAAAAACAAAACAUCAUGCGAUCACUCUAUACCAUUCGUAUGGCUGUUGGAGUCAUUGGAAAUGGUGCUUCUUUGCUGCUUUAUGCUGUUCCCAUAUUGACAUUUUGGAGGGUUAUAAAGAAGAAGAGCACAGAGGAAUUUUCAUGUGUUCCAUACAUUGUUGCCCUAAUGAAUUGUCUUCUUUACACUUGGUAUGGUUUACCAAUUGUAAGCAAAGGAUGGGAAAAUUUCCCUGUUGUCACCAUUAAUGGCCUUGGAAUUCUUCUUGAAUUCUCCUUCAUUUCCAUCUACUUAUGCUUUGCUUCAUCCCAAGAAAAGAAGAAGGUGGGCUUGAGAUUGGUGGGAGUUAUUACAAUAUUCUGCUGUGUGGGAAUGAUCUCUGCUUUUGUUCUAAAAACUCAUCAUCUUCGUAAGCUUUUUGUUGGAUGCAUUGGCCUUGUUGCUUCUAUUGCUAUGUAUGCCUCUCCAUUGGUAGCCAUGAAACGAGUGAUAAAGACGAAGAGUGUAGAAUUUAUGCCAUUUUAUUUGUCAUUCUUUUCGUUCUCUGCAAGUUCCUUAUGGUUGGCUUAUGGACUCCUUAGCCAUGAUCUCUUCCUUGCGUCUCCAAAUCUAGUGGGAAGCCCAUUGGGAAUGCUUCAACUUGUGCUGUAUUGCAUCUAUAGAAACAAGGAACAUGAACAAGAAGAAGUCAAGAUGGAAAAAGGAGGUGUUGUUAUAGAGACUCUGCCCAAUUGGGACUUGGAAAAGAAUAAUAAUGAACAUCAAAUUCCACUCCAAAAUACAUCCUAAAUUUAAUGAACUACAAGAGAAAAAAUCAAUCACCCUCUCUCUAGAUGAGUGCUUCCUCUAUGAACCAAAAGUACUUUUUUGGAUAAAGAAACAUUUCAUUGAAUGAAAUGAACCAAACAAAGUACUUCAAAUGGCCUAUACGUUUAGAGCUACUCGUUACAAGUUUAAAUUUAGUUUUGGUCCUUGGAACUUUGGGUGUAAUAUCGUGUAUGACAAUGAAAAUAUGUAGUCCUUUGUAUCUUCA